AUGAAUGUUAUGCACUUGUUGAAGACAUUGAUUGCCUUUACGUUCGUCGCCAGCUUCAUAAUCGGUGCCAUAUUUAUGAUAAGAUCAGCGGAUGACGACGAAGUAAGGGUUUCUGCAGUUUUUGUUACGUUUUUAGGUGUUUUGGUAUUUGAAAUUUGACAUUUUGUUGAUGUAUAGGUUAGUUAAUUCAAUUUGUAUUAGACUACCUUAAUAAGCAGUUAUUUUUACAAUAUUUUUUGCAAAAUGCUUGUUUAGUGAAACAAUUUUUAUGCAUUAUUUUAAUGUUUUAGAUAAGACAGAGAUUAAAGAGUCAAAUUUUGGAGAAUCAAAUAAAGAAACUGAAAGAAGAGAAGAAAGAAACAACAGAAGUUGAACAAGUACAUGAACGUGGCAGUCUUCCAAAGCCAAAUGAACGGUUAUCGGAUCCAGAUGCUCCGAUAAGUCACAAGCCUGAGGAUGUGAACAGUUUACAAGAGGUAAAAUACUCAUUUUUUGACGCAUACGUUUGAUAAAAAUGUUACAAUACAUUUGUUAUAACCAAAAUAUUUAGUUUAGUACAAAAUUAUCUUUUUAAAUAUUGAUGGAGUUGUGAUAUUUAAUACUCAGUGUUCUUCGUUUGUUAUUAACAAAUUAAUUGUACAAAGGAUACUUUCAAAUAACUAAUUAUAUUAUUACAGCCAUCAAGACCACCAUCUGUUCAUAUAUUUUACUAUCCGUGGUACGGUAAUCCAGAGUUUGAUCAUGGAAAGUAUUAUCAUUGGGAUCAUCCACUGCUGUUAAGGACAAAGCCAAAGAAGAGUUUCGAGCAAAGUAAGAAUAACGCUAUUAAAAAUUUUGGUGUUAUGAUCAAGGUAUUACUUAAAAUGCUUGUGCUAUAGCCUGAAAAUUAUAGCAAUUUUUCAAAAUUUUGUAGUUCAAACGUUUACUUUCAGCCCGUCAUAAGCCUCCACCUGAUGUAGCAAGUGUGUUUUAUCCUCAACUAGCUGCCUAUAGUAGUAGAGACUCUUCGGUGAUUGACAGGCACUUUAAAUGGAUAAGCUCUGCUGGAAUUGAUGUUGUAGCGGUGUCGUGGUAUCCAAAAGGCAAAGCUGAUGAUAAUGGUAUGUAUUAAUUGUAAAUUGAAAAUUUGUACUUCUAAAAUGAUUAAUAAUGGUUUUUAUGUUUGAGCAUAUUUGGGCUUUUUUAAAUAACGGUUUUGCUUGGGGUAACGAGUUUAAUAAAAAAUAAAUAUUUUGUCAGGUUAUCCAUGGGAAGACUUAAUGCCUCAACUUCUCAACGUCAGUUCUCAAUACAAACUGAAGCUAGCGUUUCAUCUGGAACCUUAUGACAAACGCACAGCAUUAUCAGUACGAGACGAUAUUGAGUAUAUUGUGAACACAUACGGCAAUCACAGUGCUUUUUACAAAACAAAACCCAAAAAUGGAGACAAAUUAACGCCCGUGGUUUAUAUCUAUGAUUCAUAUCGCGUACUGAAUGAUGACUGGGCAAAAAUUGCAUUACCAGGUGGAGAAAAUACUAUCAGAGGGACAAAGUUUGAUACGCUGUUGAUUGGUGAGUUGAAGAUUUUAUUGAAAAGUUGAUAAUGUAAUGAUGGAAUAAAUAGUAUUAAAAAUGCUUAUAAAGUUUUUGUUUUUGUAAAAGUACCUUAUGAUUCAUAUUUCAGGCUUGGUCUUGAAGCUCUCAGACGUAAAAGGCGUGAAAGCAGCUGGCUUCGACGGCAUCUACACGUACUUUGCGGCCGAUGGCUUUACAGAAGCUGCUUCCAUGACAAAUUGGCAGAAACUGUCUCAGAUUUGCACAGAAAACGACUUACUGUUUGUACCAUCAAUCGGACCAGGAUACGACGAUUCCAGAGUCAGACCAUGGAAUGGAGUGAAUACGAGGACGAGAGACGGUGGAAAGUAUUAUGUUGAACAUUUUGAAGCUGCGCAUACGGCAAAGGUAUGAGUUAUAAUGUAAAUUUCAACGCAAGUUAAGGAUGAUUAAGGAGAUUGAAAUAGGUUUUGUGGGACUCUGGGUAUCCUAACUUACAUUAUUUUUAGCCGGACAUUGUGUCGAUUACCUCGUUUAACGAAUGGCAUGAAGGAACCCAGAUUGAGCCAGCUAUUUCCUUUACGGACAAAACCAACAAUUAUACUUACCUAGAGUAUGAAAAAGGAUCGGAGAUGUAUCUACAACUAACAAAUGAAAUGAUACGAAAGUACUUCGUGCCUCAUCAUCAAAAUAUUCCUAUGGAUAUUGCGAAAAUUGUCUAA